UUAAAGAACAGAUUUGAAAGGGCGUUUUGCAAGACACAACGGCAUUUUCUUUUGUAAUUCCACUGUUUUUUUUGCACUUUAACUUUUUUUAUGUUAAGAUUUACAAGACCAGUGGCAUGUAAAUCUCAUACUUCACUAAUGUGCCAGUCUUACAAAUGGAAAGGGGGCUUCACUUUGGAAACGUGAGCAUUUCCCUGGUGCUCCUGCUGUUGCUGAAAGCGCUCACUGGAUUCGGGACCACGCAGGCUCAGGGCUCAGCCGUCGGGAGGGAGCCGCAGUCCGUCGCCCGGGGUUCCGGUUCGACCUCGGAGGAAGAUGGUACACGAGUCAUGGAGCGGGGCUUGGAGAACGUCGGCUCCCCGGUCAUUGUAGCGGACGUUACCGUGGAGGAUGACGACAACGGGUCGACGGGGGAGGCCGACGAAUCAUUCGGGGAAAGUAACGGAAAUGUCCAACCGACAAGGUCCCUUGUGAUCAUCAGCACCCUGGACGGGCGGAUCUCUGCUCUGGACCCACACAACCAGGGCAUGAAGCAGUGGGACCUCGACGUGGCAUCGGGGUGCCUGGUGUCGUCCAGCCUCAGCAAACCUGAGGUGUUUGGCAAUAAGAUGGUCAUCCCUUCACUGGACGGUGCCUUGUUCCAGUGGAACCGGGACAGGGAGACGAUGGAGUCCGUGCCUUUCAGUGUGGAGUCCCUGCUGGAUUCGUCUUACCGGAUCGGCGAGGACACCGUCCUGGUCGGGGGAAAAUCUCUAACGACCUACGGACUGGGGGCCUACAGUGGCAAGCUUCGGUACAUCUGCUCCGCGGUGGGCUGCAGCCGCUGGGGGGAGGAGGUGGAGGUGGAGGCCGAAGACGUGCUCCUGCUGCAGAGGACUCAGAAGACGGUGCGAGCCAUCAGGCCGCGGUCGGGGAUGGAGAAGUGGAACUUCAGCGUCGGGAACUUUGAGCUGAAGCUUCUUCCCGAGACGCAAGCCGGCAUGAACUUCCUGGAGGGAGAGGUGGCGAGCGGCGACGCCUGGAGGGGGAGCCGGCGGUUCAUCGCCGACCAAACGAAAGAGGGAGGGACGACGGAGGACCGGCAAAAGCAGAACCUGAAACUCGUCAUCAAAGUGUCUGUUCCCGAUUGGAAGGUCAUGGCCUUCAGUACGGCGCCGGACGGACAGCUGGUCUGGGAGCGUCAGUUCUGCACACCCAUCGCUUCGGCUUGGCUGGUGGGCGGGGGCAAAGUCACACCCAUCGCCCUGUUCGACGACAACGCCUACAGCAACCAGUCGGAAACCGACGAGGAGGAGGACGGCGACGAGUCCCAGAAGGCCGGCGGAGCAGAAGAUUCCAGUGUUUACCUUGGAAUGUACCAGGGACAGCUCUACCUCCAGUCCUCAGUGAGGAUCAGCGAAAAGUUCCCUUCCAAAGCUAUUGGAUCGGUCAAUGACAUCAUUCCACUCCCCACAGUCAAGUGGAAGCCUCUAGUCCAUUCCCCGUCUCGGACACCAGCCCUGGUCGGCUCUGAUGAAUUUGACAAGUGUCUGAAUAAUGACAAGUUCUCCCAUGAAGAAUACAGCAACGGAGCCCUGUCCAUCCUUCAGUAUCCAUACGACAACGGCUACUUCUCCCAUUCCAGCAAGCUUUACCGGGAGAAACGCAACAGUGCCGUCAGCCUGAUAAAGGGAAACGGGCCGGGGGCUGAGAGUCGCAGGAGAAAGGACCCCGUGCUGCUGCUGCCCUGGUGGAAGGAGAUCCUCGGCACCAUCGUCUUCUGCAUCGCCGCCACCACCUACAUCGUCCGCAAGUUCUUCCACCCUCCCGCCCCGGUGGCCUACGUCAGGCAAAGGAAAGAGUCGGAGACACAGUGCCAGACAGACUGCAAGUUUGACCUUGAGGUUGUGGAAUCCAAAGAGCCGGUUGCUAUGGAGACCCGGUCCAGCGAAUAUGUGUCCAGGUACCUGACGGACUUCGAGCCGGUGCAGUGCCUCGGCCGCGGGGGGUUCGGUGUUGUGUUUGAAGCCCGCAACAAAGUGGACGACUGCGACUACGCCAUCAAACGGAUCCGCCUGCCCAACAGGGAGCUGGCCCGUGAGAAGGUGUUGCGAGAGGUGAAGGCCCUGGCCAAGCUGGAGCAUCCGGGGAUUAUCCGCUACUUCAACGCCUGGCAAGAGAGCCCCCCCGUGGGCUGGCAGGAGGAGAUGGACCAGAGGUGGCUGAAAGACGGCAGCGCCACCGACUGGCCAAUGAGCUUCCUCGACCACAUGGAGGCGCUGUCGGUCAAAGUGCCGGUGUCCAGCGCGUUGUCGCCGGUCUGCGGGCCCGGAGGAGACGUUCUGGAGGCCUCCGUGGACACGCGGGCCCUGCUCUCCGGCAGCGUCGGCGUGGGUUUCGGCGUCGACGACGGCGGCCUGUCCUUCCACCCGCUGCCGGGCCGCGACAGCCAGCCGGACCGCGACGCCUCGGACACACACGACUCCUUUGAACUCUGUCCUCCGCGCGGCCCCAGCGACUGCACCUCUUCUUCCUUUGACAUUGUGUUCGAGGACUCAGGCUGCGACCGGGACGCCGACACGCACACGGCCACGGACACGCACACAGACUCGGACAGCCCGAGCACAACGACGGAUCAGAACAGCUCGUCUUCCUCGCGCACCCGACAACAGGAAUCCGUCCCGCCCUUCUCUUCGUCUCCCCCCCGACCAACCUCUCUCACCCUGGCUGUCCUGCCAACUCCUCAAACCCAGCGAGUCCUGCCUUCUCCCAAGGUGUACCUGUACAUCCAGAUGCAGCUCUGUCGGAAGGAGAACCUGAAGGACUGGAUGGCUCGGCGCUGCCUCCCGGAGCAGAGGGAGCACAACCAGUGUCUCGAUAUCUUCCUCCAGAUUGCAGAGGCCGUAGACUUCCUGCACAGCAAGGGGCUCAUGCACAGGGACCUCAAGCCUUCCAACAUCUUCUUCACGAUGGACGACGUGGUGAAGGUGGGCGACUUCGGCCUGGUGACGGCCAUGGAGCAGGAGGAGGACGAUGACGAGCCGAGCGCCCUGACGCCCGCCCCGCUGCUGACCCGGCACACGGGCCAGGUCGGCACCAAGCUCUACAUGAGCCCGGAGCAGCUCUCUGGAAACUCGUACUCUCACAAAGUGGACAUUUACUCCCUGGGACUGAUCCUGUUUGAGUUGCUGUAUCCCUUCAGGACCCAGAUGGAGAGAGUGAGGACGCUGACCGAGGUGAGAGCUCUGCGCUUCCCGGAGCUUUUCUCCAAAAACAACGUCCAGGAGCUGAGCAUGGUGCGCAGCAUGCUGUCGUGGAGCCCCGCCGAGCGCCCCGAGGCGGCCGACAUCACGGGGACGCCCCUCUUCCAGGAGCUGGAGCUGCCUUGCCGACUGGCCAUGAGGCAGCGCUCCCGCACAUACAGCGCCUCGUCCAUGGGCCGCCCCUCACGCCAGACGUCGAGUCACUGAAAGUCCCAGUGAUGCAAUAUGUAACGCCCCCCCCUCCUCCUCCUCUUCCUCCUCCUCUUCCUCUGCAGCCCAAAGGAGACACCUCGGCCCCCUGCGCCGUCACACACUGCCUCAGACUAGAAAAACAAGACAAACCGUGCAGGAGUUUAUCCUCGGUUACAUAUUCGCAUGCCAUCAUGCCCACGUUCCCCAAUUUUAAUCACACUUGCAAAGAAUAUUUUAAAAGCAACAGCCGCUCCGCAGCGUCCGCGACCAGCAGCUCUCGGCUCGGGCGGUGCAAGCAAACGAAUACUCAGUGGUUGUUUUUAAAUGCCUCUGGGUACCCGAUGGGCGGCGUGCGCUCAGCGAUCAUCCGCGGGACGUUAGAACUCACGGACUUUGCCGUGUCUCACCCCGACGCGGCCGAGGCGAUCCUUCGGUGCUCUCGAGGAAAAUGACAGACAUGCUGAGAACUGCUUCACGUAUGAUUUGACGCCGGUCCGGUCACAACACGCUGCGCGCUCCCAACAUUCAGCCGGUGUUCACUCACCCACGCCACACCUCAGGUAUCAAAAACCAAGAGGAUACUCCAAAGGGGCCUUUGAUGCUUGAUCAUCCGACCAGUCCUCAUCACUGGUACGAGCACCAUCUGGUGUUCUGCACCCAAUAUGCCUGACUUUUUGUUUGUUUUUUAAAUAAGAAAAGGCAAUGUAUUGAGAAGAGAAGAGUUUAUGAAUCCGGAUUUUCCGAUAUGAUUUGCCUUUAGAAAGUGGCCCCUGGCCUCUGAAUGAAUGCGGAGCCUCUGGCUCCUGUCGUUUUUUUUUUUUUUUUUGCAUGUACCUGCAGAGGGAGAGUGAGGGGGUGAGUGAGUAUAUCUUUAAAGCCAAUACUUGGACGCAGUUUGUAAAUUUACACAAUGACUCGAGGUGCUCAAUCAUUUUUUCUCCCCAACACCUCCUCUUUGCUCUGUGAAUAUAAAUGAAAGGGGAAAAACAUCCGUUUAUAUCUUUUUGUUUCUCUUUUGUUAAUGAAUUCAGAAGAUACGUUCGAUCAAUCCUGUACAUAUUGUAAGGCGCCGUUGCUUGUACAUGGCUUUUUCCAUAAGGCAACUGUAAGAUAGUGUGAUAUACUGUGUGGGGGGGAACUCUGCCAUUAACGGAUAGCUGAAUGUUCCAGUGUGACGACGGUGGUCACCUCUUCUUCUUCUCAGUGUUCGUCUUCACACGUGCGGAGCACCGAGGGGGUUUUCGCCCUGCUCCGAGCCUGCAGGACCAGAGUGCCAUUAGAAAGUCAGUACAGUGUACUUUUCUAAAAACUGAAAAACUCACCUCCCAAUUUUUACGGGAACCGCGCCACCGCGGGCUCCGACCCCGUUGGCCGGCGUUCCUGGCGAAGCGCGACAAACGCGAGAGGUGCGCGGCCCUCCCACGACGAGGAGAAAUGACAUUUAGUCGAGAGACGAUACUGUUUUAUCCCCUCUGCGUCGUCUACCGGGGGGACCUGGACCUGACGUGGGUCAUGUGAUCCACAACAGCAUUGUUUAAUGUACAUAAGAAGUGCUGGGCAGAGUCACAUGACCCGCUUGUAACUUCACACACACACUGCUCAUUGUAAUGUGCUUUCAAUGAUUGUACUUUUCUAAUGAUCUUCUUAUCUUCUCUUUUUUCAUUUUUUAUGAAUAAGCCCAGUUUUCUUUCUCCCUUUUUUAUAAUUGUUCAGCAGUUUUUUUUCUUACCGACUCCACAGAGUCUCUUGACUGCAUUCGAUGCAAGAAGUCAAACGGAUGUUUGUUCACCUGUCCUCGUUCUUCUUCUUGCGAGAGGAUCCGUUCUGUCCUCGCCGUUCACCGCGGACGGUCCGUCCACCAAUAAGAAGGUCGUGCCGUAAAUGACAUAUCCUCAAGUCGGGGCAAAUUCAGACAGAAGUUUCUGUGUGGGUACUGUAACUUUAGUGCUGACCUAUUUGCAAAAUUAAUGUCUAAUACGUCAAAGGAAUUUGAUAAUGGAUCCGGGAUGAAGCCGUCUCAAGAGAAUUGUGAUCUGAAGAUGCGUUAGUGGAGAAUUUACAACUUAAAUCCCCUCCAGUAGUGAAGAGCUUGUCAGCGCCGACCAUGAAGACGUAAAGCAGCAUUAUUGACGAUAGUGUAUUAUAUGAGGAUCUAGAGAUUUUCUUCUUUUCAUUCGGAACCAAGAAAAUGUGAUUACACUGUUGUUUUUUCAUGCUUUCGUUGACUUGUGUUCAUCCCCUCUUCACUCCGGCCGUCCAGGCGUCUUUUCCUGAGGUCGAAUUGAAUAAUCGGACUCGACCGCCGGUCUCUGACGCCUCCCUUUGGAGACGGAGUUGUCUCUUUUUGUGCACAAACCCAAUUCUGUUUAACAUGGUGAAUUGUAAAUAUGUUUAUUUGCUUUAUUUAUGUUCCGACGCCGUGAUCAAUCCUUUUGGGGUUGGUGUUAUUAUGAAUGCGCUUCCUGCGAUGGAGCGUGUUGGAAUAUGAUGACUUCUUACAAGUCUAAAUUUAAUAAACCGUUCUAUACCGUU